GUUCUGCUAAUUGGAUCAAGAAUUCUUUCCGUUUUAUUAGGCAUAUACUGCGAGAACCUGCUCCUGUCUUCUGGCGGAAAUAAUUGUUCAUCAUCUGUUCUAUUUGACUGCAAGUUGAUAGCAAACCUGACUAUUUUCAAUGAACACACUGGAGAAAAACUUUAGUAAAUGCAGCUACCAAAUCUUUAGUAGUUAAAACAUUGGUAAAAUGUACACAUUUUUUGUACAUAUUACCAAAAUUCGGUAAAACUGAUGUCAGAUGCAAAGUUCAUCCAUACCAAAGAUUCGUAUAUUUUACUACAUAGCAUUUGUAACUUAGUGUGUUUUCAUGCUUAGCAAAAGUGUGUAUGCAGUCGCCAUUUCUCUACUGGAAUCGAAGCGAUUUGGAGCUUCUAAUCGUAGAUAACAAUUUAUUCACAUAAUGUAUGGCACGUUGGAGCAGCGUAACAGUAACGAAAAUUAUCGAGUGGAAAAACUAAAAUUAAUCAACAAAAAUGAAGUCCGUGCUCCGCUUGUUCGUAGUGAUUUCGCCAACAGCACUUCCUCGCGAUCGAAUUUUGCAGAAGUACUCUAGCGAAAACACCACACAAGAGAGUACCGAGAGACAAAAUUCUUUCACUAUUUUCACCCCUCAGGAAGCGGAGUACAGCUGGGAUAGCGAAAUCUGCCUUCGAGGAGAUUCGCUAGAUUAUGUUGUCCAGUAUAAUUGCUUAUGUGCAAUUUGGGAUUCGGAGGACAUGGGAGAAAAAAUAUGUAGGGAGAGUGCUGCGUUCUGGUAUUGUCGACUGUUUGGUAAUACAGAGGUGAAAUUUACAGAAUUUCUUGCUGUUUUUUCCAUCCCAACGAGCUCAUCGAAGACAAGAAGUCAUAUUUACUGUAAUCACGACGGCAGACAGUAUUUAGGCGCAGUACUCGGAAUCGUGGCAAGGGUACAACGAAGGAACUAUUACGACGAAUCGAAUGAUUCGUACGAAUCACGAAUCAUCAAAAGCUCUAAAUUGAAGAGAAAAUGAUUUUAUAUGCAACGAAAGGCAAUACUGGUGAUCACACAAGCCAGCCGGAUAAACAAUCAUUUGCUGAAUUACUAAAGUGUGCCGAUUGCCUGCUA